AUGUCAUCUACUGAGAGCGCAGAUGGCAAGCCCAUUCACAUCCUCUUUGUCGGUGCAGGUGCAGUAGGCUGCUUUUACGCCUCGCGGCUUCAUCACCCCUCCAAGAACGUCCAUGUUUCCCUCGUCUGCCGCUCAAACUACUCGGUCAUCGCCAAAUCAGGCGUCACGCUCGAGACGCGCAACUUCGGCAACUACACCUUCACCCCACAUGCCGUGUACCCGUCCAUCAGCGCCGCCGCAUCCGACUCAUCCGCCCUCGGCCCGCCCGCCUCGGGCUGGGACUACGUGAUCGUGACGACCAAGGCGCUGCCAGACGUGACCGACGACAGCGCCGACAUCGAGCCGCUGGUGCGGCGCGACGGCGGCUCGGGCAAGACGUGCAUCGUACUGAUCCAGAACGGCGUCGGCAUCGAGGCGGCGCACCGCGCGCGCUUCCCGCGCAACCCGGUCAUCUCAGCCGUCACCGUCAUCAGCGCCGAGCAGCUGCGCCACGGCUACGUGCGGCAGAACCGGUGGACGCGCAUCAGCAUGGGCGCGUACACGGACGGCCUGGCCUCAUUGUCUCCCUCGAAGGAACUUCAGGACCUGGGCGCCCGCGGCGACGCCUGCGUGCGGCAGCUGGCGCACCUGUUCAACGACCUGGGCGGGCUCAAGGACGCCGAGUUCCACACGGAGCUCGAGCUGCAGCAGAUCCGCUGGCACAAGCUGACCAUCAACGCCGCCAUGAACCCGUCGUCCAUCCUCGCCGGCGGCCGCGGCAACGCCGACAUGGUCGUCGACCCGGAGCUGCGCGCCCACCUCACCGGAAUCAUGCAGGAGAUCUGGGACGCCGCGCCCAAGAUUCUGGGCGCGCCCUUCCCCGACACUCUUGCGAGCCCCGAGAAGAUUAUCGCCAGCACCGAGCGCAACAAGGGCGGCAAGCCGAGCAUGCUGCUGGACUGGGAGCGCGGCAGUCCGCUGGAGAUCGAGGUCAUUCUGGGCUUGCCGAUUAGGAUCGCGAGGGAGAGGGGUGCCGAGUUGCCGCGGUUGCAGACGGUGUAUGCGCUGUUGAAGAGCCAGGCGUACAUGCGUGGGUUGAGGGAGAAGGAGGAGAGAGAGAAGAGAGAGGGAGCGGCGAAGGGGGAAACGAAGUUGUGA